AUGAAUUUAAACAUAUCUCUUAUAGGUGAUUCGGCCGUGGGAAAAACUUCAAUUGCAAACGCAAUGGCUCAAAUCAGGUUUUCUACUGAAUAUGAACCUACUAUUGGUGCUUCAAUGGUUAAAAUUCCUUUCGAAAAAGAUCAGCAAAAAUAUAACUUUGUAAUAUGGGAUACUGCAGGAAUGGAGAAAUACAAAUCUCUUGCCCCUGUAUACUAUCGCGAUUCAAAGGCAUCAAUAAUCGUUUUCGACUUAAACUCAAUAGAAACACUCGAACAUGUAUCAGAAUGGCUUAACUUGUAUCAGUCUAUUGCUGGUGAAAAUAAUCCAAUAUUAUUAAUUGGAAAUAAAUUGGAUUUAGCAGAAGACCCUUCAGAGAUUAGAAAUCAGGCAGAAAAAUGGAUUUCUGAACAUUCAGCAACAUACAUUGAAGUUUCAGCUAAAAAUUGUACCAAUAUUGAUGAAAUUUUACCACUCCUGUUUAAUAUAAUGGUCAAAGCUGGAUUAAGUCUUUCUCCAUCUAAAAAGCAAAGGAGGAAAACUAAAUCGGAAAGAGGUUGUUGCUCUUAA